CAAAAAGUGAAAUUUAUAACGAAAAUAACCGACAAGAGUUAACCAGUUUCGCGCGGACAAACGAAGGCAGCUGCAAAAACGCGUAGAAGCAUCAGCUCAGCGUCAUUCAAAACGAGUUUCUGUAAUUAGCAUGCACACCAGUACCAGCAGCCACCGCUGAUUUACGCUCAUCGCUUGCCGUUUUUAACGAUCUUUUAUAGUCUCACCCUGCUCUUCUCUACGGGCGAAGCACUCUAUAAUCCGGGAUUACCGAUCACAUGAUGGCCUCCAGUCACGUCGCCUUCGUGGCCUGGGCGGUGUUUGCCCUGCUGCUGACGCACGGCGGCGGUGUUGUGGACGCCCGGCGUAACCAGGGCAAUAACCAGCGCAAGACCUCCUCCUCCUCCUCCAGCUCCUCCAACUACGGUCACGUGACGCAGCCCAGCUACAACACGAAUGGCCAUGCAGCCGGCGGCAAUUCGCAUGCGGAUGUGGCCAAGCUGAGCUACCCCAACUACAACUCCCAGCCGAAUCGCCCAGCAGCAGCAGGAGCUGGAGCACCAGGAGCGGCCCCUCAACCGGGCUGGAAUGUGCCGCAGGGUCCGCCGCCCGCCUACUCCGCCUCCAAUCCCGCCGGCGGUGCCCGACCCAAUAUGCACGAACCGCCCCCGGCCUACCAUGCUCCCAACUACGGAGCAGCUCCUCCGAGCUACGGAGCAGCCACCGGAUCGAAUCUGCAUCAGCCGCAGUACUCGGGCGUGCCGGCUGGAGCCACCUACUAUCCGGCCGGAGGACACGCCGGCGGCUAUCCCUCGAACAUACCCGCCGGAGCCACCUACUAUCCAUCCGCCGGACAUGUGCCCAUGGGUGGUGGCUAUCAUCCCGCGGCCGCUGCUCCGCCGCCGGGAGCCACCUACUACCAGGCGGGAUCGGCCCUGCCACCCGGAGCCACCUACUACUCGGCGCCGCCACAGCAAUCCUCCUCUGGCCUGGGCUUCGGCACUGGUCUGCUGGCCGGCGGCCUGGGCGGUGCUCUGCUGGGCCACGCCCUCACGCCCUCGGGCGGCAGCUCCUCCUCCUCGCAGCCGGUGGCCGCAGCUCCGGCAGCCACUGGCCAGGAUCGCAUCAUCAUCAUCAACAAUGGGGUGCCGGUGAAUGCCAGCGAUGGCACCACUGUGAUCAAUGCAGGCGGAGUGGCUGCUGCCCCCAUGGCUCCUUCCAAUGUUACCCAGGAUGUAGCAGCAGCACCUCCCAUGGCUCCAAUGGCUCCCUUCAAUCCCGAGGCCUCCAAUAUGACGGCUCCUGCAGCGGAUGCUCCUCCUCCGCCGCCGGCGGCUGGCGGCAUCAUUUGCGUGCCCACCAAGGUGAACGAAACGGAUCCGGCCGACAGCAGCAAGAUGGUGGAGGUGGAGAAGAUCGCCUGCUAUCCGGCGCCUCCGCCGCCGGCAGCUCCGGCUGGCGAGGGACCGGCUCCGCUGGCUCCCAUGGCGCCCGCCCAGCCGGGAUCGCAGCAGGUGCAGCAGGCCCAGGAUGUGGCGGCGCCCGUGCAGGCGUCCGUCAAGGCCAACACCAGUGGAGCCCACUCCUGGACAGGAGGAGUGUCCAUGCUCCUCAUGCUCUUCUGCGGAGUGAUGGCCAAGCGCUUUGCCGGCUUCUAAGGGGAACGACGCUUCUGGAAUGUUCCCAACCCCAAUACUACUACUACCUACUGUACUGUACCUUCCUCCCCAGCUUUUUUCGCGUGGCCUUGGCCGGCAGGGUGGCUUAUUUGUAAAUCUACUUGCACGCCGCUGGCCAAGAUCGAUAAUUCCAGGCGCUAAUUGGACGAAAAUUGUUAAUUUAUGCCGCACCAUCUCCGAUUGCAGUAUUCGUGGAUAAACAAGCUGGCCUCCCAGUUUAGAAUUCCCCCUUUUCCAGCUCGGCCUUCAAUUGUGAUGAUUGGGUGGGAAUAACCAUCCCCCAACCCAAGCUCAAAAGCAAAAACAUUCGAAUAAACCUAAACCGGUAUAUAUGAAUAACCCUAUACGAUAUAUGAUAUAUGCAAACCCUACUCAAAAGACCCUCAACUAAAGACAAAGUGAACGCAAGUUCUCACUAAAAGUGUAUAUUUUUCUAGAAUUGUUAGCGUAAUUGUUGCUUGUUUUUUGUAUUGUUGUAAGCAAACUACAUGUAUUUGUUGCACUCAAUUGUUGAAUUAAAUAAAAAUAAAAGCUUUCGCCUACACCCAUAGCACUCGA